UCUGCUUGUCGUUUUCCCGUGGGCAUCUUAUGCAACCCUUUCCAGUUCUCAUGCUCAACAGAAUCUUUCCAAUGAUUUUUUCCGGAUUUGUCCAAGUUUUACGGAAUCAUGACUAACCGCGUUGCACAAAGAUGGAGUCAAUUAGUUUUCUGGAUGAGAAAUGCUCGCGAAGCUUUCAGGUCAGAGUCGCGACCGGGCGAAGUUUCACGCUGUACCAUCCCUCUUUUAAAAAACAUGGACAAACAAUCUAAACCUUUUACAGUUGUGGUGGAAGGAAACAUUGGAAGUGGCAAGACUACACUUCUUAACUAUUUUAGUAAGUUCAGUGAUGUAGAGGUACUGCAAGAGCCUGUUGAAAAAUGGAGAGAUGUACAAGGACACAAUCUCUUGGGCUUACUUUAUGAUAACCCAGCACGUUGGUGUCUGACUUUCCAAACUCAUGUACAGUUGACAAUGCUUGAUCAUCAUACCAAGGAGACAUCAGCGAAAGUAAAAUUAAUGGAGCGUUCCCUGUAUAGUGGACGCUAUUGUUUUGUAGAAAACUUGCACCAGAGUAAGCUGAUGGAACCUGCUGAGUAUUCAGUCAUUUCAGAGUGGUUCAAAUGGAUCACUAACAAUGUUGAUGUUGGAAUUGAUCUCAUAGUGUAUCUAAGAACAGAUCCUAAAGUUGUUCAUGACCGAAUUCUACAGCGUGCCCGAAAAGAAGAGAAAACUGUUCCGUUAAGUUAUAUCGUAGACCUGCAUGAAAUCCACGAGAAAUGGCUUCACGACAAAAUUUCUCAUCCUGUUCCUGCUCCGGUCUUGGAGAUAGAUGCAAACGUCGAUUUAGCUGAAAUGCUUGAACAAGUCACUUUAGUUGAAAAUCAAAUUUUGAACAGGAAAAGGAAGCGUGUUUAUUCAUCAACCGUUAUUUCACCGUCUAAGCUCGUCUCUCCUGCAUAGUCACACCUAACAAUAACGGAAUAAUUGCGACAAACUUUCAGAAACUCCAUUGAUGUGUUGUAUCCAUAGUCUUGUGUUAUUUUGUUCCAAGUAAGAUUUUUCUUAAUUAAUAAACUCGAAUUUAUAAUAAUUUUUAUUUCAGGAUAAAUAUGCCCUUGAUGCUUUUACUGCUGUUUAUUAAUAAAUAUCGGUUACUCCACGA